AUGGUGAUAUCUCUUUACUCCUCUCAGGGGGAUGAUGAUGAUGAUGAUGAUGAUGUUGAUGAUGAUGAUAUCUAUCUAUCUAUCUAUCUAUCUAUCUAUCUAUCUAUCUAUCUAUCUAUCUAUCAACCCGGUUGUUUAUAUCUAUCUAUAUAUGUAUCUAUCUAUCUCAGUCUAUUGACAUCUAUCUAUCUAUGUUCCAUAUGUAUCUAUCUAUAUAUCUAUCUAUCUAUGCAUUUUGACAUUUUAAUCACAAUUUUUAUUCGGGUUUACAUCCUCAUGAAAAACAGUCAGAUCCGGUUGUUUAUAUCUAUCUAUCUAUCUAUCUAUCUAUCUAUCUAUCUAUCUAUCUAUCUAUCUCAUCUAUUGACAUCUAUCUAUCUAUCUAUCUAUUUUCCAUAUCUAUCUAUCUAUCUAGACAUUUUAAUCACAAUUUUUAUUCUGGUUUACAUCUUCAUGGAAAACUGUCAGACCCGGUUGUUUAUAUCUAUCUAUCUAUCUAUCUAUCUAUCUAUCUGUCUCAGUCUACUGACAUCUAUCUAUCUAUCUAUCUAUCUAUCUAUCUAUCUAUCUAUCUAUUACAGGUGUCCUUAUCUAUCUAUCUAUCUAUCUAUCUAUCUAUCUCAGACUUUUUUAUUAUCUGUCUCUCCCUCUGGCUAG